GAGCUUAUGGCUCUUAUACCAGGGGUGUCAAACUCAAUUCCUGGAGGGCCGAAGCCCUGCACAGUUUAGUUCCAACCCUUUUGGAACUGAGAUUGACACCUGUGCUUUUUACCUUGCUCUUUCCUAGCUGUGUUUUACCCCUAGAUUUAAGUGGGAACAUAACACUAAGGAAAGUCCAGUUUGUUAUUUGCCUAUUAAAUGACAAUAGACUACAGUUUUUAAUUUAAUACGUUAACAGAUUCCAUUUUUUUUAUAUAUUCUGAAAAUGAUGCAAUAAAUAUGUAUUUUAAAAAUAAGUAUUUCUCCAAAUGUCUUUAUUUAAAUCGUCAGGAAAUAUUUUUAUAUCAUAUUUAAAUUAAAAAGUGUGGAUAUGAGAACCAUCUGACAAGUUAAUUAAGCUAAAAAAGUAGUGCUUAAAAUGUGAGAAUAACUUUUAAAGCAUCAACAAGCGUUCUGAACACAAAUCUUUUUUGUUGUUGUUGUUGCUGAAAGUGAUUGACAAACAGGCAGCCAAUCAGCUUUCGCUGAGCGACAUACAGGCAGCCAAUCGGCGUUCUCACAUCAACGUGCAGGCAAAUGUCCCGCCCACGGCGUUUAGUAUGAGGUGGAGAGUAAAUCCAUCGGAGCGCUGCUGAAUGACAAACAUUUCCGUUUAAUAUCACUAAUUUCACGGGUGAUUUGAGUCUCUUCAAGUCUACAAGUGAAGACGACCAUCAGGAAGAAGUGAAAUCUGAAAGACGAGAUGAAGAUGAGUGAUCCAGAACCCUGCAGAAUUAAAGAGGAGGAGGAUGAGGAGCAGACAGACUUUAUUGAAGAGGAUGACGAGGAGACGUUUGUGAAAGCUGAGAAAAUCCCUCAUUUAUUGACUGAAGGUGUUUUUUUAAUGCAAAGAGGAGACAAGUGUUUCACCUGCACUGAGUGUGGGAAGAGUUUGAGAUCCAAACAAAGUCUCCAGUUUCACAUGAGGAUUCACACUGGAGAGAAGCCGUACACAUGCACUGAGUGUGGGAAGAGCGUCAGACAAUCAUCGGCACUUAAAAUACACAUGCGCAUCCACACUGGAGAGAAACCGCACAAGUGUGAUCAAUGCGGCAAGACAUUUUUGAUUCAUUCACACCUGCAGAACCAUCUGAGAGUUCACACUAAAGAGAAACCGUAUUCAUGCUGUGAGUGUGGGAAGAGCUUUGCAACGCAGUCCAGUUUACGAAAACAUCAGAAGAUCCACACUGGAGUGAAAGAGCACGUGUGCUUGGAGUGUGGGAAGACUUUUAUUACAGCUCAGGCUUUGAAGAAGCACCAGAGGAUUCACACUGAGGAGAAACCGUACAAGUGUUCAUACUGCGACAAGAGCUUCAGGCGGACAGGAGACCUGAAAGUGCAUGAGAGGAUCCACACUGGAGAGAAACCGUACACAUGUGAUCAGUGUCUGAAGAGUUUCACGCACUUUAAUCAGAUUAAGACACACAUGAAAAUCCACACUGGAGAAAAGCAGCACACGUGACGUCAAUGCAGCCAAGCAUUU